AUAUCUAUAUGCGUUCCACACCACUUAUAAAAUUCGCUCACAACGCUGGUGGUGUUUUUUACGUUACUGGAACGGCAAUUUAAGCGGUCAUGAUCGAGGGUGUUGUGGGCCUUAGGUGGAAUGCGCUCUGUGUGUGUUGUGUAUCGUCUGUGUACUUGAUAGCUUGACAGAUUUAUAAAGAUUAAAGUUUUCGCAUAACAGCUGGAUAGUAGUGCAUAGCUUUGAAUAUAUAUAUUUUUUUAAUUUAAAUUUGUGUAAUUAUCUUUCAAUUUGUUUUAAGUAAAAUAAUUUAAAAUGUCUAAGAAAAGAGGAAAUAAAAAAAAUUUAGACGUUGAUGACGACUUUGAAGAAAAAAAACUAUCAAAUGAUACUUCCGAGAUAACCUCUAAAAGUAAAGUUAAAAAUUUUAAGAAAAAAGGCAAAGCUCAUGUAGAAGUGUCCGACGGAGACGAUGGAGAUCUCAAGAAAAGUCAAAUAUCAGAUGAAGAAGAAGAAGAAUUAAAACCUGUGAAAAAAUCACAAAAAAAAGCUAAGAAAAAAGGAGGAGAUCUAUCGAAUGAUGAACAGGAUGAAAACAGAUCUGUUGAUAGUAACGCGACAACCACGGCGUCGAAGUCUGCGUCAAAAACAAAUAAAAAAAAGAAAGGAAAAGGGAAAAAAGACGAAGCCUGGUCUGAUGAAAACAGUGAUGUUGAACUCAAAGAAGCUUCAGAUGAAGUAAUUGCUAAACCAGUCAGCAAAAAGAAAUCUAGAAAUAAAAAAAAGUCUUUAGCAGUAGAAUCAUCAGAAGAUGAGGAUCAAGAUGAUUCUAAAUCUGUGGUUAGCAAUGUGUCGAGUAAUGCACAACCUGUCAAGUCAAAGGGGAAGAAAGGUAAGGGUAAAAAGGAUGACUGGCCGGAUGAGGAAAGUGACAAGGAGUUUAAACUUGAAUCUGAAGAUGAUGAGGAUAUUUUAAAGCCUGUUGUGAAAAGUAAAGGCAAACAUAGAAAGAGAAAUAAUAUUGAUGAUAUUGAAGAGGAAUUAAAGAAGUUCGAAAUCAAAGAUGAAGAACCAGAAGCGAAUCAAGAGGAAAAGUCAGUAAUUGAGGAUAAAUCCGAGACAUCAGAUAAAAAAAUGAGCCACAAAGAAAAAAAGAAAUUGAAAAAAAAGCAGGAGUAUGAGAAACAGAUGGAGAUGUUAACAAAAAAGGGGGGACAGGGUCAUAGUGAAUUGGAUGCAAAUUUUACAGUUAGUCAAGCACAAAAAUCUGCUGGUCAAAUGGCGGCUUUGGAGAACGCAGUCGAUAUCAAAGUCGAGAAUUUCUCAAUAAGCGCUAAAGGCAAAGAUCUAUUCGUUAACGCAACAUUGCUCGUAGCUAAUGGUCGUAGAUAUGGUCUGGUCGGACCUAAUGGUCAUGGAAAAACCACACUAUUGAGACAUUUGGCCCAACGGGCUUUCCCUCUCCCACCCCAUAUAGAUAUACUAUUGUGUGAACAAGAAGUUACAGCAAGUGAUAUAAGUGCUGUCGAAACAUUAUUAGAAUCUGACGUUAAAAGAACUGAACUUUUGAACGAAUGCAAGGAGUUAGAGGCUGAAAUUGAGAAAGGUGAUCUUAAAAAGCAGGAAAGAUUGAACGAAGUGUACGCGGAGCUGAAGGCCAUCGGCGCGGACUCGGCCGAGCCGCGCGCGCGCCGCAUCCUGGCGGGGCUGGGCUUCAGCCGCGAGAUGCAGGACCGCGCCACCAGGAACUUCUCCGGCGGCUGGCGCAUGAGGGUCUCGCUGGCCAGAGCUUUGUACAUAGAACCUACUCUACUGCUGCUUGACGAACCUACAAACCAUUUAGAUCUUAACGCUGUCAUUUGGUUAGAUAACUACUUACAAGGAUGGAAGAAGACAUUGUUAGUAGUAUCCCACGACCAAUCGUUCUUAGACAAUGUCUGUAACGAAAUCAUACAUUUGGAUCAGCAAAAAUUGUUAUAUUAUAAGGGCAAUUAUUCAAUGUUUAAGAAGAUGUAUGCACAAAAACGAAAAGAGAUGAUAAAGGAAUACGAAAAACAAGAGAAGCGAAUAAAAGAAUUGAAGGCGCACGGACAGUCGAAGAAAGCGGCUGAGAAAAAGCAGAAGGAAGCCCUCACUCGCAAGCAAGAGAAGAACCGCAGCAAGUCACAACGAGAGGAGGCUGAAGAUGGAGCGGCUCCCGUCACCUUACUGCAGCGUCCUAAAGAAUAUAUAGUCAAGUUUUCCUUCCCCGACCCACCCCCUCUACAGCCUCCGAUCCUGGGCUUGCACAAUGUGGAUUUCAACUUUCCUGGACAGAAACCUUUAUUCAAGCAAGUGGACUUUGGUAUAGAUCUUAACUCUCGAGUGGCAAUUGUAGGGCCCAAUGGGGUCGGAAAGUCUACUUUCCUGAAGCUUUUAGUUGGAGAAUUAAGUCCAGUUAGAGGAGAAUUAAUAAGAAAUCACAGAUUGAGGAUAGGUCGCUUCGAUCAGCAUUCCGGUGAGCAUCUGACUGCGGAAGAAUCUCCAGUGGAAUACUUGCAGCGUUUGUUCGGUCUCCAGUACGAGAAGGCUAGAAAAGCUCUCGGCACCUUCGGGCUGGCGGGUCACGCCCACACUAUCAAGAUGAAGGAUCUCAGUGGAGGGCAGAAGGCCAGGGUAGCGUUGGCCGAACUCACCUUAAUGGCGCCAGAUGUUGUUAUAUUGGACGAGCCGACGAACAACCUGGACAUCGAGAGCAUCGACGCGCUGGCGGAGGCCAUCAACCAGUACAAGGGCGGCGUCGUCAUCGUGUCGCACGACGAGCGCCUCAUCCGCGAGACCGACUGCGCGCUCUACGUCAUCGAGGACCAGACCAUCAACGAGGUCGACGGAGACUUCGACGACUAUCGUAAGGAACUACUGGAGAGUCUCGGAGAGACAAUCAACUCGCCUUCGAUCAUCGCAAACGCGGCUGUUCAGCAAUAGUACAUUUACUUUUUCGUUAUUAAAUGAUUUAAUUUGUAUUAUAAAAUAUAACAAUUUUUAUUUGAAACUAACUGUCACUUUUUCAUUUAAAUUUCUGGUAUCUCUAUAAAAUAAUGUAAUUAGACACAAUUUUAUCUUUUUUAAACACACAAGUGCCUGUUAUUACGGUAUUCAUUCAAUAUCAUAUUCAAGUGCAGGCUUGAUAACUUUAAAAUGUUUUAAAAUAUUAUCUGGAUAAUGUAUGCAACGGAUCAUUUUGUUACACUUCUUCCAAAUAUGUAAAGAAAAUAGCAAACUAUAAAACUACUCAAAUGAAAUGAGUUUUAUAAAAAAAAAAAUUAUAUACUCUUUGAAGAAUAAAUUUUAUUUCAAUUUUAUAAAUGUGUAGCAAUUUUUCUAUGUAUAUAAAUAUUUAAAUUCUAGGUAAACGAAUUGCUAACGGGCAGAGUAUUAAUGCUUAUAACGAUUUAUAACUUAUGUUACGAUAUAAAUAUUGUUUAGCAAUCCUAUCAACAAUCGUAGGAUAUUAUACGUUUACUCGAAUCAAUCUUUACAAAGUGUCGUAGCUUGAGUAACAUUUAUUGUAUAUAAAUAAAUAAAUUUUGUUACAAAA